AUGUCUCUGUUUCCAACUUUAAGAAUUUUCAUUUUGUUGCUGCUGGUCACUUUUGCAGAAUCAUUUUUUAAGAAUUCCCUAACCAAAAUUAUGACAAGUGAAGAGGAAGGCUCAGGUACUAUAAAUGGCUACAGCAGCCCAAAAUACAAGGUCAUUAAGAAAACUGAGUCCUAUGAGCUGAGAGAAUAUGAACCAACCCACUGGGUUGCUACCACAGGUGAAGGGAGCAGGAGAACUCUUGGACGAACAUUAUUCAUGCGUCUGUUUAAAUACAUUACUGGUGAUAAUGAAUUCAAUAGCAAAAUUGCAAUGACAGUGCCAGUUGCAAAUACAUUUGGUCCUAAAGAAGAAAAUCCUCAAAAUAUCACCAUGCAUUUUUUCUUGACAAAAUCAGAAAACCCAAAGCCAAAUAAUCCAGAUGUUUUCCUUACUUCUUAUCCAACACUUAAAGUUUAUGUCAGAGGCUAUGGUGGUUACACAAAUGAUGAAAGACGACAAGAACACAUUGAGGCAUUAAAGAAAGAUGUUGGUGAAGACAACUAUGAUUUUAGUUAUUAUUUUUCAUGUGGUUAUGAUGCACCAUGGAAAUUCUGGAAUCGUCACAAUGAGGUGUGGCUGUUAGCCAAAGGAAAGGAGGAAGAGAACAAGGAAUGA